AUGAAACCCUACUUGGGUUUAACGAUCAUACUCCUCCUAGCUCGAACCUAUCACACGUGUCUGUUAAAAAAUGGAAUGAGUUCUGUGUAUCUAUCAGCAUUUGAGGAUUUGAAACCAGGAAACGUGAUCGGCACGCUGCCUUUCGAAGCGGCGGAGACAUCAAAAGAAACAAGCGAUGUUGAGCUACGUGUUGUGAAGGGAAAUGAUUUGGUGGAUGUGAAGCCUGGCAGUCACGAUUUGAUUCUGAAGAAGGGAUUGGAUAGAGAUGAGGGAGUCGGCAAGUUUGAAGCUGUCGUCGAAUGCCGUUCCUCUAAUCUGGAUGCCGAUUUCAGUCAGUUGAACAUCUCGGUUUUUGUGACCGUCAAAGACAUUAACGACAACGCGCCAGUGUUUGAUUCAGCCGAGUACUUUGUAGAAAUAAAGGAAGAACUGCCAACUGGUACAAUUGUAUUCACGGAUUUCGAAGCCACAGACAAUGAUCAACCGGGACCAAACAGUUUCGUACAAUACUCAAUUGUCCCGGGACCACACUCUCACUUCUUGGAAAUCCCCGACCCUUUCAAACCAGUGAUCACUAUUAAGGAUCGCAUUAAUUACGAGGAGAUCAAAAAGUUUUCUGUAGAAAUCGAGGCGAGAGAUCAAGGAGAACCCAGUUUGGCAUCAAAAGUGCCGUUACAUGUGACAGUUGUUGAUGUGAACGACUUGCUGCCGAAAUUCAAACAUUCGCACUAUACCGCUAAAACGCAGAAGAAUGGUGUAUUGGUUUUCGAACCGGAGGCUAUCUCGGCACAAGAUGGCGAUCGUCUCAACGCUUCGCUGAUCUUUUCUCUGUCCGGAGAACUUUCGGAACAUUUCGCGAUUGAUAACGACGGAAGCAUCCGCUCAAUUACCUCAAACCCCCCACAACGGGCCACUUUCUUUGUUACGGCAGCUGAAAAAGACGAUCCGGAGCGAAGCAGCACCGCAAUCUUAUCCAUCAGACUACAGCCAUCUCUAGCCUUCCAGCACAACACAUACUCAACAACGAUUUCUCCGUCUACCCCAAUCGGAUCUACAGUAAUCACAGUCACAGCAAACUCGGAAAAUAACGCGUCUCUCACUUAUUCUCUUCUUGCUGACACUAAUACAGUAUCCAUCGAUGAAGUCUCUGGAAAUGUGGUGCUCCGAAAAAAGCUCGAAAAGCCGGAAACACUGAAUGUGACUGCUAGUGAUGGAGAGAACGUUGUCUCCACAACUCUGCACUUAAUGACAGCCAACUCUGAAGAAACAUGCCGAACACCUGUCAAAUUUGAGAAAUUCGAGUACCGUAUGACCAUUGGAAAAUUAAAUGUGCUCGGAGUAGUCAAUGCCACAUCACGAACUGGAAACAAGCUGACCUAUAUUUUGAUGAACAUGAAUAAUGACUUCGAAGUGGACACCAAUGGAGUGGUGAAACUCUUACCGAAAGCACAUUUACAAUGUAAAACUUGUGAAUUGAUAGUUGUGGCAAAGGAUGGAACCCAAAUGGCUAUCACUAAGGUCAAUAUCGACAAUCCGUCAUUUGUAUUACACUCAACUACAACUUUUGCAUUGUUGAUAAUGAUCAUCCUUUGUCUAAUUUUCGCGAUGUUGGCUAUUUUGGUGUGCCGAAAAUUUUGUGAAAAGUGGAAGCAAGGAAAUCGGCGUUCCAGCAUUUGUUGGCUCAAUGGAACCACAGAUACAGGAAUUUCAAUCACCACAACGACACCGAUCAAUUCUAGGUAUGUGGUGAAUAGUGAAAGAGACCGCUGCUACGAAUCCAAGUCGCCCGGACCAAAACGUUCCCAAGGCGCUCAUCUGGUUCCAGUCACUGUGGUGUCCGAUGGGUCUGGAGCUUCACCUACUGUUUAUUUUUAA